GAGAAAGCCAGGAUACCGCCAAAUGAUUUGAACCCCAAAUCCAGCUUGGCGAACUGGAUGACCAGUGUCAGAUGUUGGUGGCCCUCAACGGGAAGGAUGUGACUCACGAUCGAGCACCGGGCCUCUAUUUCUCUCAACCAUGCCCUCGUCAAUUCGUUCGCAUUCUAGUGGCUAUCAAUCGUUACAUGACGACAACGAAAAGGAACCUAAGGAUUACAGAGACAGAACAGCACGACGACAACUGAUCAUAAGACGGGUAGUCGCUGCUGUAGUGUCUUUCAUCUUCAUCUACUCAGUACUUCGAGUCGUCAAUCUGGUCCAUCGUUCAGUCCUCAAGAACGAUCCCGGCUUACGGCCCAUUGAAACGCUAAACUCACCUUCCGGUUCCCUCAAAUCAAAGCUAGAAACCUGCUCAGAUACCGCUUCUCCUUCGCACCCGCCACCCGCCCGACCUCCGUCGCCUGUAAACCUUUGGGCUUCGCUUACGAUCAAGGAGACAUCCGAGAUUCAACGGUGGUUAGAACACCCCGCUCGUAGCUUGAAUCUCACCCGGGGGAAGGAAUCCAGGCCUUCUGAUAAUACUAUCUUCAUAAUCGAAACAUUCUAUCCACCCAAGGCUUCGGCGCUAGCGUAUUUCGAUUCACUUACAGAUUCCAAGGAGGUCAAACCACCGGCAAGAUAUGCUAGGGUCACGAUCCAUCACGGUUCUGGCCUUCCGAGUCCGGGAGAUCCUAUACCGCAGGUUAAGGAUUACCUUGUCGGCCCUUUACCAAUCGGCAAUGGCUCUGCAACAACGAUUCGGGAGCUGAAUGAGAUCUAUCACCUUUCUAGGAUCCCCUAUAAUGCGAGAGGUAUGGUAAACGGGAUCGAGUUUUCAGACGCGUGGAAGUUGAUAUACGGUGAGUUGCGAGAAGCGAUCGAAGACUUAUUGAACUCGACCAUUCGUGGUAAACCUUCCGACGGAUUGGUCGUUUCUGGAUCUGGCCCGUGGAGUUUUGACGGGUCGUUCAGACGGCUUUGGACUACGUUCAAGAAGAACGUACCUGGGUCGUGGAUUCAAGCUACAGGGUUGUAUAUUUACCUCGAUAUGGGUGGGACGGAUACUUCGUUGUGGAAGUUUACAAAGGUCGUCUACAACAACCAAUACUUCAAAAGCGUCUCCGCCUUCCUCGAGGCUUAUCGUAACGGCUCGAUCAAACGAUAUCCACCACCUUCUCCACCUUCUUCCGCAUUAUCCAACUAUACCACAGACAGGACAGAUACUACCUGGAGUUCCCGGAACCGCCGCGGAGAACGCCGUGAUUUAGACCACCUACCUGGGCCGCGAUCCGUGGCCUUUGCAGGAUUAAGGUUCCGUGUCAACAGAGAGCUCGGAUAUGUCAGCUGGAUGGGGUGGGGGAUGUAUCUAGGUUUCGAUAGAGAUAUGGGCUUGAGUCUUUGGGACGUGAGGUUUCAAGGGGAAAGAGUGGUCUAUCAGCUUGCACCACAAGAAGCUUUAGCUCACUACGCUGGAGCCGACCCCAUUCAGUCCAGCAUGUCAUGGCAAGACCGAUACUGGGGAAUGGGACAAUUCGUCUCAAAUAUGCUUCCGGGUUAUGACUGUCCACACAAUGCCGUCUACCUACCAGCUACCACUCGGACGCCGUUGGGGAGUACCACGGUUGAAAGAGCUAUAUGUGUGUUUGAGCAUGAUACCGAAAGACCACUGACGAGGCAUACAUCUUAUGUGGAUGGCGAAUUUGGAGCGGUGAAGGGGUAUGUGCUGGUCGUGAGAAGUAUUACGCCGGUUGGGAAGUGAGUUCACUCUACAUCCGUGCAAUUUAUGUCACGAAUAAGCUAUUGACCCCCCCCCCCCCCCUCGAUUCGUUAUAAAGUUAUGAUUACA